AUGGGGCCGAGUGGCGCAGCCGCGGUGGCCGUGGGGCUGUGGGUCUUGGUGACGGUGGGCGUGGCGGCGGACCCCGAAGUGGUGGAGCCUCCGCGCCGCCUCCUCUCACACUACCGCUCCCUGGACCCCCGGGCGCUGCUGGCCAUCAAGGCACUGAGGGACCGCUAUCUCGAGCUGGUCCGGCCAGGCUCCCGGAGGAAGUCCCUGCGGCGGCCCGGGAGGCGUCCCCAAACUCGCACAGCUGGCUCGCCUCGGUGCCACGAAGCCACCGUCAUCUUCAACCUCCUGCGCCUGCUCGCGUGGGACCUGCGGCUGGUGGCGCACUCGGGUCCUUGUCUGUGA